AUGGCACUCGGAUCGUUAGAGGCUUUCUCAUACUUUGCCCAUCAUGCGCACACACACACACACACACACACACACACACACACACACACACACACACACACAAACACAUCUAAUACACAUGGCCACAUUGGCUCACUUUGUCUGUCUAAAACGCACACAUACAUACACACACAUACACACAUUGUAAUUGUCUUACACACUUUGGCCAUCUAACAAACACACACACACAUUUACAGUUUGUCUGUGUAACACACACACACACACACACACACA